AUGCAUGCUCCACUGGCAACUCUCGCUGUGCACUGGCACGGUUGUAGGGGAGAGCCACCUCCUCCAUUGGUCGUGAGUGUACCUGGCAUGGAUGGGACAGGUAGCUCGAUCGAUAUGGCGACGAGAUAGGCAAUAGGAAACUGGCGCUCGCCAAGCGCCAGACUGCGCAUCAGCAGGCUGAAUCAAGAGCCAAGGCUUCCUUAGCUUGAACAAAGGGAGCAACAGCGACGAUCCUGCUUGUUGCAUAGCUGAUACUGUUCCUUCUCUUUACGCUUCCAGGGCGCCUCGGUCACCCUUGUGGAUUCUGGCCCAGGGUCAGGCGAGGCCGGCAAAGUUUACUUGUUUGGGGGCAGGCUCGUCUCGACGCGGCGCAUGGUCAACACGCUCUACGAGUUGGAUCUUUCCACUCUGCAAUGGUCAAGUAUAGAGGCUUUUGGCAGAACAGGUACUCUCAACGGCCACAGAUCGGAGUCGAGUGCGCCACAUGCGGGACCCAGCUCAAGCCCGGAGCUGGCCGCCUCUUCAUCUUCUGGUCGCGCGCCGCAACCUCGUUAUUUCCACAGCACCGACCUGUGGGAAGAUCGGCUGGUCGUCUUUGGCGGAAUGGGCUACGCUCAAGGUGCUGCUGCAUCGGCCAAGGGCACAACAGGCGCUCCGAAUGGGACUUCAGACCCAAAGAGCCCAAAGGCGGAUGGUUCGCAGUCAGACGCCCUGUGCGUAUUGGACGAGAUCAUCGCCUUUGACCUCAAAGCUCGAGAGUGGGACUUUGAAUUUGCAGCUCAGCCAGCGAUAAGGCCUUCGACACCUUCGACCAGACCUCCUACACCCGUGCCGCGGUAUGCUCAUCUGAGCGCCUUGACCUCAGACUUUCUAGUGAUCAUAGGAGGUCAGAACAUGUCGAAUCAGUACGUCGAAGAGAUCAACGUGUUCGACUUGCGCGUCAAAAGGUGGAUCAUCACGCAUCAUUUUCCAAGGCAGUGCGGGUCGUACAGGUCUUUGGCGGUGGUCGGUAGAUCGGCAGUGCAAGAAGCGCAGCUGCGAGGCGAUGAGAGACAAUCACACAGAGCAUCGGCGCCGUAUGGCAAGGGGCGCGAGGGGGAUGCGGUUACUGCGACGGGUGACGAUGGGCCCUCCAUGGCCGGCUCGUCCAUCGUCUCUCCGACAGACACUAGAAGCAGUCGAAGUGGUAGCGCGGUAGGUGCAGCGACUAGCGCAAGAACGCCGCAAUCAUUUGGUAGCAGUCCUCCCACAACCGCCACGGGAAGCCUGGAUCGGAGUGGCAUGCUUGCUUCAACCUCUUCGAACGGCGCAGCGCUGGAUUUGCUACCGAUGAGCGUUGAGCCGCGCAAUGAGCAUGGUCUGUCUCUGCCAUUGCCCCUCUUCAUCUACACGAAUUACAACUUCACUGAUGUGAAGAGGGAGCUCGAAGUGGUCAACUUGAGGAGGAUGGAGAGUGGCAACUCGAUGGCUCCUGGCUCAUCUUCUCAAUCUGGUCUGAGCGAUGCGGCGACCGGAUUGAGCGCGAGCACGGCGCUCAAGGUGGAGGAUCGCUCCAAGGACAUGGCUGGCGCAUCUUUGCCGCCCGGCUUGCGCUUUCCGACUGGCGCGAUGCUCGGAUCCCACCUCAUCAUCUCGGGCACCUACUUGGCCAACACUUCGCAAACAUUUUCCAUUUGGGCAUUGCACGUACCUACAAUGCAGUGGACCAGAUUAGACAUGGGCAAUGUGCUUUCCACCGGUUCGUGGAACAGAGCGGUGCUGUGGCCCAGCAAGAACAAACUCAUCGUAUUUGGAAAUAGAGCUCGCGAUCUCGUGCAGGAUUACAAUCACAGGCAAACUAAUUGGGAUCACGUCUUGCUGCUCAAUCUAGAAUCUUGGGGCAUCAGCCAACCGCCAGCGCGGCCGAUGAGCGAUGAGGCCAUGCAGAUGGGCCUGGACUCUCUCACAGCAGCCACAGCGGGCAGCUUUGCGUAUGGGCUGGAAGGCGGAGCCAAGUCUUUGAGCGAAAGCACGUCGGAGAGAAUCGUGCCGCCGCUCAUGUCUCUAGCGCUCAAUGGACGAGGCGAUUUCGAGAUUGUCUGCGCUGAUGGCAUCCGCUUGGGCUGCCACCGCGCCGUUCUGGAAAAGAGGUGGCCGUGGUUCGCGGCGAAGAUGCGGGAGUACAGGAGGCAAGCUCGGCAUGCGGCACGCGCUCAGUCCAGCACGCGCAGAGAGCGAAGCAUCGCGACGCACAGCGAGGAAAGCGCCGGCAAUUCUUCCAGACCUUCAUUGUCUAGCAUUAUCAGCACCGGCACUAUUCGCGCUCUGCUCGACUCUGAUGAGGAAGGAAACGAUUCGGGAGAGAGCGGUGGGACGCAUCACGGAUUUCUGCCGAGAAAGGAUGCGGAGGCUGGCCGGUCGAAGCAGAAUGCAGGUGCGGAAGCUGCAAGGAGCGAUCCGGAAGGAAGCUCCCGAAACGAGAUCACACCUUGGGGCUCCUCAGAUCCGAGACUGACCCCUCGCCUGCUGCAUCUGAACGAGCCCUCUCCCGUUGUGCUAGCGCUCCUCCAAUUCUUCUACGCCAGGUGCAUUUGCACCCCACUGCAACGGCAUCCCGGCAUGAUUGCUUCCUUGCUCAUCAUCGCUUCCGCCUAUCACAUGGCUGAUCUGGAUGCUUGGGCGAGGCAUGCAGCUCACGUUGCUCUGAACAGGCAACUCGUCCCCCCUGCUGGCUCCUCGAACGUAUCCUCACCGACCGUUGCUUAUCGAGAAAGGGAAGACAUUCCUACACACGAACGGCAUCGUUACGCAGUGGCACUGUAUGAGACCGCAGCGCUGUGUGGGCACGAAGCAUUGCAGAUCAAAGCUCUUCGCAACAUCAUGUCCAUUUCGAAAUGGGCCAACAGGACUUCUCAAGGCUCCAAUACUGCCCGCAACUCUAUUCAGGGGGAUGAGGCAGCCAGCGCUGCUGCUCUGGCAUCCACUGCAUCGGGCUCCACCCGAGAACAGCUCGCUGCUGGAGGACGCUUGGACUCAAGAUCGGGCAGCGUGGGGAGCUCGCAAGCGCCGUAUAGCCCAGCGCGCACGCCUGGCGCGCGAACCUCGAUCUCUCAGCAACUGGCCUCGUCUCGCCCCUCUGCACACUCGGCGUCAUCAACACCCCUUGCAGAGGCCGAUACCGACCCGCUCGACGGAGAAUAUCAUGAGCUCGCAGAAGAGGGAAGGAGCGGUCCGAUAACGCGUAGGAGAGGACUCUCGAAAGCGGAGCGCAUGCUUGGCAUCAGCAACAGUAGCGCCAAAGCGGAGAGAAUGCUGGGAAUCUCUAGCAUGGAGGCAUCUGCGGCAGGCUUGCACGAGAGUCCCUCGAGAACGGGUACGCCCAACAAUGUUGGAGCGGGAGCGCGAGGAUUGAAUCAAGAUGGUAGCGCUCAGUUGGCCGGCAGCAAUGCUUCCGGUCAGCGCCGGCCGAGCAACGCACCGUCUGCGAGCAAUCAGGCCUUCAUGCUGUCCUCGCGGACACCGAGCGGCGGUGCAACGUCUGCAUCAACUCAGCCAAACGCGCCAUCCUCUGCUGGGCCUGCUUCAGCACGCAAACGCUUCAGUCUGUUUGGCAGUAGUCGCAGCACGAGCGAGAGCAAUGCGAGCUCGUCGACGUCGACCGUCAAUGCACAAAGGGCGAAUGUGCAAGGAUACGAGCAUGAUGAGGGGGUGGCAUCGAGGUCUAGCUUGGAACGACUUCAAUUGGACAGGCCAAGUCACCUGCGCGCGGAACUCGAGAGGGCGCACUCUGGCGGCGAAGUCUCGGUGCGCAGCGGUAGGAGCGCAUCGAUUGCGAGCGGAGCGGCAUCGCCCCAUUUCAUUGACAGUCAUCAGUCGCCCUCGCCCACUUCGCCGACUCUGCGAUCCGGCUUUCCUCGCUCGGGUGCUGGUGCUGGUGCUGGUGCGGGAGGAUUGGUCGCAAAGGGAGCAGGCCAAUCUGCUAAUGCAGCGGCAUCGUCCUUGUCGCUGGGUGGUACAGCAAGUCAGCAUUACGAUGGAAAUGCAAGCUACGCUUCUGCGCAAGGCCACCAGUACCUUGCAGACAAGCGGACCAACAUAUCCACUCAUCUCGCACCGAUCCGAGGUCGACCUAGUCCGGCUGGAAGUCCACAGCCUCAAGCGCAGCCUCAACCCUUCUUUGCAGGCGCUAGUCCAGCAAUGGCCUCGACGACCGGUGGCAGACCAAGAGCGGACAGUUCGGCGGCGACGACCCAGAACGAUAGGGAUGCUCGGUACGGUAGAGCUGCCUGGCAAAUUUAG